ACACGAGCCUUCAAUAACUUCCGGGGUGACUAUUAGGAAGAAGACAGCGACGCUUUGAAAGAUGGCGGCGCACACGCAAAAGAACAACAAGCCUGCGAAAAGCGGAGGCAAAGAGGCUCAGCCUCUGAUAAUUGCCAAAACUCCGGCGGAGGAACAGCGUCUGAAGCUGGAGAGGCUGAUGCGGAACCCGGACAAACUCGCUCCCAUCCCGGACCGGCCUAAAGAGUGGAACCCGCGGGCUCCGCCGGAGUUCGUCCGGGAUGUGAUGGGCUCCAGCGCCGGAGCGGGCAGCGGGGAGUUUCACGUUUACCGACACCUCCGACGCAGAGAGUACCAGAGGCAGGACUUUCUGGACAAGAUGGCAGACAAGUUCAAGGAGGACCUGGACUACCUGGAUAAAGUGGAGCAAAACAAACAGGCGGCCGAGGAGAGGACGGCCAAACGCAGGAAGAAGCGGGAAAAGCUGAAGCAGAAAAAGCAGAUGGCGAAGAAAGCAAAGGUGGAGGACAAAGACGACGACGACAAGAGGUCUGAGAGCAGCGAGGAAGAGGAGGAAGAGGAGGGGAGGGAGGCUGAAGAUGAUGCCGAGGCUCCAAGCUUCAUCAUGGGGAAGAAAUGACCCCCUGUAGGGUGAUGGACAUAAACUGCCAGGACUGGGUGCUGGUUCAAAUCCUCUUUGAUAGAGACACUGUGGCGGAGAUGGACACGAGAUUCACACAGAGACCCCUGAAAACAAACAAAAGUGGAAUUUAGUCUUUAGAGUGUCAUUCAGGAGAGAAACACCUGGCUGUACUGCCCAGGCAGGAACCACUCUGAGUGUGUUUUUAAGCAGACGCUGAUGGACAGUUGGAAAAGACAUGCUGAGUCUAUAAUAUUUUCAUGUUUCAGUGAGCAGACAAGGUGUGCUGUACUGUCCUCAAGUUUACCAAAAUGUCUGAUUGAAUCGUUGGAAAUCCCUAUUUUAAUGUCAUUCUUAACGUUUUAAUAAAAAACACAACACACAUGUAUUUGCGGGUGUUAUUAUGCAGGAUACACCCGAGUGUAUGUACGCGUCACAACUUGUGUUUUCUACAUUUGCUGCCUUGUGAAGCAGCCCCUUGCAAAGACUGUUGCACGCGGGCUCAACAAGGUCGCAGAAAGCAACCCAAAGAAUGAAAAGGCGUGACUUCUAGAGGCUCAGGAGUUUCACGUGCGAUGUUCCUUGGACACGGA